AUUGAGUUUAAUAACAAAAAAAAGAAACAAAAACAAAAAUAGGGGCGUUCCGAGAAUCGAACUCGGGACCUCUCGCACCCAAAGCGAGAAUCAUACCACUAGACCAAACGCCCAGAUGAACUUACGACUCAAAUAGAAAAUAUAUACCUAAAUUACUCGUAACCCCUCCUUUCACACUGCUAAUUGCUAGGAGCCGCCGCCUUCUCCGAUAUUUCAAAGAAACAAAACAAUGGCCGACGAAACAAAACCCGCGUCCGGCGACUCAGCCGGUUUGUCCAACGGCCUCGUAAGCCACGGUGACCACAAGUCAAGACGCGUGUACCAAGCAGCUCGAUCACUGCAUUCCGGUGCUGUGAAAGAUCUGCUAUCUCUCGGGGUAUGCGAGAGAUGUGUAUUCCGAUUGGUGUCCGUCGAGGCUUUUGAUUCCGAUUUGUCGUCAGUCUCGGCGUCUACUCUGCGGAGCUGGCUAGAAUCCGGCGAUGAGGAAGCUGCCUCAUCGGAAGAGUCUAGCUGCUGCAUUGUGUGUUUAGGUGUAUUGCAGUUUGUUUUCUCCGAUGCCAAGCAAACGCUGCUGAGAUCGGAGUGUGGUAGUGAUUACGCCGCAAGGGUAACGGACUUGGUGAAGCAGGAAGGUCAUGAGUUCGAUAGCUUUGGUUUAGAAGUCUCUGUGCCAGCAACUAUCCUGGAGAAUGAGCGUGCAGUCUUGUUAUACCUUAAAGGAAAGUAUAACAGUGAAAGUUGGCUGCAGAGCGAAAAGAUUUCUGUAAAAGAUGCCUUGAAAGUUUUGGUCUUGGAUCCUCUUAAAGUAUCGUUGGGAGCUAAAUCAGACUCAAGCUCUUUUCAGAUCCGUUUGACUUACUCUAAGGCAUCAGAUGAGGCUCAAGGUGCGUCUGAAACAACACGUGAAAGAAAGAAGAGGAAAACAGACGAAGAGAAUGGAUCAACCUCUAUGUCCGAGAAUUCAUUUGAAAAGGUUUAUGAACCAUGCAUCUUGUCAGUUCAUUGCAACAAAAUGCCUAUCUUCUUUAGUGGCAGAUACUUCAAAUACUCUAGAAAUGUAAGUCAAACACGAUGGAUUAUUGAUGAUGAAAGAAUGGGUGAAGCGUCUGUUGAGGAGUUAAUUGGUGAAAAUAUUCUUCCAGCAUGCCUUGGGGAUUCCUACAAGUUCCAUGCUGCUGGCAGAGAAGAUAUUGAUGUACGCAUGUUGGGCUCAGGUAGACCUUUCUUGAUCGAAGUUCAGAAUUCCCGCAAAUGCCCAUCUCAGCAAUCAUUGACGGAAAUUGAAGAGAAGAUAAACAAGUCAGAGAAAAAACUAGUCGGAGUUAAAGACCUUAAAUUCAUAGGAAGUCAGUGUUGGGCAAUGAUGCGUGAAGGAGAAGCAGAGAAACAGAAGCAAUAUGCUGCAAUUGUAUGGAUUGCUCGUCCAGUUGAAGAGAAAGAUAUCGACUCAAUUUCUUCUCUGAAAGAAUUGAAAAUUUUGCAGAAGACACCGGUAAGAGUGCUUCACCGCCGAAGUCCAUUGGAACGUGAAAGGACUAUACACUGGAUGAAAGUCGAAAAGAUUAAAGGAAGCUCUCACUACUUUCUACUGCAUCUAUGCACACAGGCUGGAACGUACAUCAAAGAGUUUGUUCAUGGAGAUCUUGGUCGUACCACUCCAAGCAUGGGAUCAAUUUUAGGGUGCAGGGCGGAGAUAAUACAACUUGAUGUGACUGAUGUCAAAAUGGGCGAUUCUUGAAAUGCCAAGUACCAACAAUCCAUAAAACUGUCAUUUUUGUAUUCUUGAUUCAUAUUUUCCCCAUAACUGAUCAGUUUUAUUGUAUUUUAACUUUAAAAAUAUAGAAAUACUUCAAAUUAUAACGUGGAUUCAUUCAGUGAUUCAGCUAGA